AUAUAUCAGUUUUCGUGCGGUUCCAUUUUACUUCAAACUUCCACCAGCGACGUAUCUUAAUAAUAUAUGGAAUUAAAAGACGAUAAGUUAUGAGAAAACAUAAAAAGAUGAUUAAAUUUUCAUUAAUUAUGAUUCUAGUAUUGUUACCUAAGUGUUCAAUGACUGGUGAAAUUGGAAAUAUGAUAUCUUUGAAUUUGAAAUAUAGUGAUCGUUUAUCAAACUUCCGUGAUACUACAAAUGAGAAGCAAUCAGAAAAUAUAACGUCACAGGAAAAUAACUUAAAUGGUAAAGCUGGAGGGGGUUACUACGUAGCGAUAGAUAUUGGUACGCCCCCUCAAAGGUUUAACGUUCUUAUUGAUACUGGGAGCAGUAAUUUUGCAAUUGCGGGAAAGCCUGAAAAUACUUUAUAUAAAUAUUUCAACAGUAAAAAUUCAUCAACGUUUACAAAUAUUGGAAGAGUCGUUGAUGUUAAAUACACUCAAGGCGAGUGGUUAGGUAUUUUGGGAGCAGAUAAAAUAAAUUUACCGAAAGUGAAUGAUGUAAAUUGUACUGCGUACGUUUCGUUGAUAGAAGAAUCAAGUCAAUUUUUCGUUGAGGGAUCAAAUUGGGAAGGUAUACUCGGUUUAGCCUACGCAGAAUUGGCUGUACCUGAUUCAACUGUAACACCAUUUUUUGAUUCGCUAAUAUCCGAAAAUCCUGGUAUUGAUGAUUUAUUUUCGGUGCAUUUGUGUGGAGUAAGAAAAGAUUAUACUACUGCCGGAACUAUGACGAUAGGUGGCAUUGAUAAAUCUUUAUUUAAUGGAGAUAUUCAAUAUGUUCCCAUAAAAAGAAAAGCCUACUAUGAAGUAGUAAUUGGUGAUGUUAAAGUUAAUGGUCAGUCGUUGUCUAUGGAUUGUAAAGAGUAUAAUUUCGAUAAGACGAUAGUAGAUACUGGCACAACUGAUUUAAAACUUCCGAAAAGGGUCUAUAGAGAAGUAAUUUCAAGACUUAAAACAAUUACAUUCCAAGACGAAGAUCUCAGAAGGCAAGUAAGGAGUAGUUUUUGGGAAGGUUUAUCACCGCUUUGUUCAAAUUCUGUUAAAAUAGACGAAGUAUUUCCAAAUUUAGAAAUUGAACUGUUACAAAAUGAUACAUCAACAAUAAGGUUAACUCUUAAACCGCAUAUAUAUAUCGAAAGAAAAGAGGUUAACUUGGGUGAUGUCUGCUAUACAUUUUCAAUAUCAGAAUCAAAGAGAGGAACUGUAUUUGGUGCAGUGGCAAUGGCCGGUUUCUAUACAAUAUUUGAUAGAAAGAAUGAAAGAUUGGGUUUUGCGGCCACAAAUUGCGGUAAUAUUAAAGAUAAUGAAGAUACGGUUACAGGACCGCACAAUUUUACUGGUGAUGCUGAACAAUGUUAUUACAAAAAAGUUACCAAUACGAGAGACAAGAAUUUUAUUAUAGUUGCAUAUGUGUUUGCUGGAUUUGCCAUCGCUGUGUUGAUACUUAUGAUACCUGCAUUUGUUUUAAUUCAUCCUUUAAAGAGAAAAAUAGCAGAAGCUAAAACUUCUUUGAUAAAAUAA